CCAGACUUGCUCUCCCUAAGAUGCAACCCCCUCCCCUCCUCUGCAUUUCUCCUUCAUUCUCCAAUCUAUAUUAACUCGCUUUGCUGGACUCAGCACCACCCUUUGCAUCCCAGAGAUGUACACCGGGCUCACCUCGCCGGCGUCGUCAUCGAUUGACUCGCCCACUCCUACCCCACGCCUCUCCGCCAUUGAUUCGUGGUCGCCCCUGCCAUCGCCUCCGCCCUCGUAUACCUCGAGCUGUAAUCGCUAUCGGCAGGGACGGUAUCGGCCCUAUACCACCAACUCUAACAAUCCAACCAAGUUUACCCCGCGUCUCGUCCCCACGUCCACCCUGUCUCCCACCGACAAAGCUGCACCCAUCGUCGACGACUGUGGCCCGCGACGCCGUCAAACAUACCCUCCCCCCCGUUACUCCAACUACACGUACCAGCACCGCCAACACUCCAUGCCCAGCCCGGCCCAUCGGCCAUACAGCGCUCCGGCUCCUACUCCGCCCCCGCUCUGGGCCCCCAAUGUCUUCUAUAAUCGCGGUAGUCUCGUCUGGUAUGCUGGCAGUGUCUGGAGGUGCGACACACCGCACACAAGUGGAGACUUGGCAAGAGAGCCAACAGAGAGCUUGCACCUCUGGACCCCGGUGGGCAGCUCCCUCGUUUCGGCGCCAGGCGGCUAUGCUCCGCCACCGAUGUACCACCUGUCUACACCACCACACAUGCCCACGCGUCCGCGCACUGCCCCCGCAAGCGCCGAGCGCGCUCGCUCCAGCGCACUGCUUGAAGAUACCGAUGCGUCGCGGAACGUCACGUAUCUGCACGAGGAGCUGUCGGGAACAAGGGUAUGGCGCGUGGGUGGCGUUGGGGUAUUCGCCUAUGCGGAAGACGUCCGCGCCGAGCGUGUGCGUCAAGCGGCCUGGCGGGAAUGGUCGGCGACCAACGGACGUGAAGAGUGGUUACAGGCAGCGCGAGCACGCACGACAACAUACGUGGCCGCGCAUGACCAAGGACGCUUGCGUCCAUUGGUGCGCUGGCAUCUCGUCGAAGGGCAAGACCCUCUCCCACCAGACGCCCUCCCCGUCGGCCGCGAAGGAAGUGGAGCCGUGCUCUACUCCGCGCGAACGUGGCUCAGUGGCGGCGUCGAGAUCGGAAAAUGUGGGACGCACAUUCGCGGGCGGAAUGCGUUCACGCUGGACGGCGAGGAGCUCGACGUGGCUUUCUUCGAGGUGCUUUGUGGGCCACCCGACGUCGUUGAGUGGGUGCCCUUCGAACGGGGAACGAGUGCCAAUCUUCCGGGGUGGCAGCCGGUCGAGGGCGCCCGCGACCGAACAAACCAGCGCGCCGUGCUGAUCGCACGCGCCAAACAUGAAGGAGGCCUGCAGCCUGGCAAAUGCCUCGUAGACGACGACCACGCCUGCAUCCCCUUCGGCGGGCAGGACUCUUGGGUCACCCCCUUUGAGGUUCUCACGUACGCUGGCAUAUUUAGGCGCUAGCUCUGCAUCCCACUGGGACCGCCGUUAGCCGUUGCUGCCUCGCCACGGCGUCAUGCUCCUUGCAUCUUCGCAAAAAUGGGAUCUGAAUCCCAGGACACUUCCGACCUCUCCGACAUUGUCCUCAGCUCUGCGUGACCAGCAUCCCUCGCUUUACCCUCCUAUUUGCCGUUGGUGGCUGGCCCAAUGCC